AGAAUGGGAUGCAAGUAUGGAAUUAGCCCUGCUCAAUGCCAUAUCGCGUUGUAAACCAGCAUCCAUAAACACUUUCGCAUCAUAAGCGUACAAAAGCAGUUUAAUCAGAAUAGUCCUAUUUCUUGUUCAAUAAAAGAAAUAUGGGACAAAUUGGGUGAAUUUUAUGGCAUGUCUGCUUUGGAUGAAUUGGAAGAGGAAGACGAAGAACAAGAAGAAGAAGAAAGGGAGGAGCAGGAAGGAAAGAAAGGAGAUGCUUUAAUGGAGUUCUCCUUGCCUUUUGAAGAUUAUGAACAAUUGAUAUCAGAGCAUCGGCAGGAUGACCAGUCCGUAUCAUCGGCACAAGAAGAAUCAAGCGUCUCACCUGUUCUCCCCCCUGCAAAGCGUACCCGUACAAGCAAAAGAGAUGCUUCUCCUGCUAAUUCCGUAGCUGAUUCAAUUACCUCGACGCCCGAACCUGAAGAAGGUAAACCUUCAAGGCGAACCUCAAGAGGAGCUAGAAAAUCAGAAGCUACGCCUGAGCCAACAAGCCGUAGUAGUACAGCAAGAAGACAAGGAAGAUCUUCUAGUACUCCAAAAGGGACUAAAAGACAAACCAAUAAACGUAAAUAAACAUGUGAAGCCGGGAAAGGGGCCCUCCACUUUUUUUAUGAUCUGAAGAAAAAAAAAGCCAUAUCUUGAGUUUCAAUUCAGAAACCGCUUGUUUUCUAAUUCGGUAGCCUAUUUAGUUUUUGUUCCUUAAUGU